AUGUCAGGCGUACAUAAAAAGAGUCAGCCAAUACGCAAGAGUGCACUGGUCUUAGGCAGAAGAGUAUCAAGUUCGUUUUCAAAACGAUCAGAUACAGAAAAACGACCUUCAAGACCAACAAUCCGACUGAUCGAUGAACAUGGAACAGAUUUAACUCCACUGCCAUUGUUGAAUGAAGAAAAGCGAAUUCGUGAAGAAAAAGAUAUUAGUACAGAAGCUUCACAAGCAUCAAUUCAUAGUGGGAGUAGCCUUCAUAUUACAAACCCGUUUACCUUUACACGAUCAUUUGUCAGUGGGUCAAGUCCAACCGGGGAAUCACAUUCUGAGACUAGCGAAGAAGCCGAUCGUUAUCGAAUAUACACUGAGGUGAAGACACUUGUUCAACCACAACGGGAGAUAUUAACUGAAACCGAUUUGAACAAGCUUGUUGACGUUAUCAUAACAGAAACUGAAACAUUCUGGAUAUUUGAUCAACCGCCAAAAUUUGUUUCACAAGAUUCCAGUGAAGCUGCUGAUCAAAUAAAACGCAAUGAAAUUUAUAAAGCACUAGUUGCAUCAAGAAUUGGCAAUGAUCGAUAUACUGAGCGUGGAAUGAACACUUUCAAUCCAGCGUCAAUCGGUAAACAACUUCAAACUGAGCGUAUUGGAAUUCAAGAGAAAUCAACAAUGGCGACUAACUGGGAUAUGGCGGAUACUUAUGCAGAAGAAGAGGCAGAAGAGAAGCGGAAAUUACUUGAAGGCGAAGAAGACAUAUCAUCGUCAACAGCUCAGAAGAAGAAGAAGAAGAAGCAGAAGGAGAAGCAGAAGAUACCAGGCACAGUUGCCAACACACCUAGUCAUGAUGACGUGGUAAUGAAACAGAGCAUCAAGAAAAAUAAUCAAUUACAACCUGACGAUGGUGGACCAAUAGAAAAUAUGCGGCAAACUACUGGUGGUGAUGAUGACGUAAUUCUAGGCAAUAAUGAAGUUAGCCUCGGGGUUGAAUCAUCUCAGCUGGGUCAGUCAACAACUACAAAAGAUACAAUGGGUUCCAAUUCUGAAUCGGAUCUCAUGGGCUUCCGUGUUAAUAUGGAUAGUCACAUAAAUCCAGUCACCAGUGCAUUGGGGUUGAUUGAGACUGCAAAACUGAAGAAAGGUUUGAAUCAUAUGGAACGUGCUUUAAAUCUGAAUACAUACUAUGAUAAACUAUUAAAGUAUCAAAGUUUAGUAUUAAGUAAACAUCAGUCUCAAGAUUCACCGGAACAACCUGAUACAGACCCGCCCAGUACCAUGGCUCACAUUCCAGCGAUUAGUGCAGCUCAAACAGUGGAUGAGAAUUCAGCUGGGCACGGUGGACCCCAGGCAAAAACUCAGCCUCAGGCAUUUACGACAACAACAAGUCUGGGAAGUGUUAAUCCUACAAUUUCUGGUUCUCAGGGAGGUGGUUCAGGCAGAACAAGUGACUUCGCCAAAGUCGAAGAUGUUAAUCCCCAAAAUCCUCAUACUAUUUCAUUAUGGCGUUUUCAAUGCCCAAUGACGAAGGGUCGUAACAUAGCAGAUAUGGCGUGGAAUAAACAAAAUCCAAAUAUUCUUGCUGUCGGCUAUGGCCAGUUUGAAUAUGAUCACCAGCGCAAAGGUUUGGUAUGUUGUUGGUCAUUGAAGUUCAUUGAAUACCCUGAACGCUACUAUGAAACACCAAGUGGAGUAAGCGCAGUUGGCUGGUCAAAAAUCCAUGCCAACUUGUUAGCUGUGGGCAUGUUUAGCGGUGUAAUCCACGUAUACGAUGUACGCAAAAAUGAUCCAGUCCCGGUUGUUGAUACAACGCACGCCAUAGGAAGACACUUGGGACCUAUUCGAAAACUCCAAUGGAUCGUUAGAGAAUCCGGUCGUGCUGAAAUCUUGUCAGAAGUUCUCGUGUCUGUGUCAAGUGAUGGACGAGUCACUCAAUGGUUCAUUCGUAAAGGUUUCGAAAGUACAGAUCUAAUGGUUCUCAAACGAGCGUAUGCAAAUAGUUCAAAUCCAAUGACUACUGCUAAACGUAACGAUGCUUUAAUAUCAAGAACAGCCAUUGCAACAAGUAUGGCUUUCAAUAAGCGUGAGCCAAGCAUUUACCUAGUUGGUACCGAAAACGGUCUCAUUCACAAAUGCUCUUGUUCCUACAAUGAACAGUACUUGGAGACAUAUCGUAGCCAUGUGGCAUCCGUUUAUCAAAUUGAAUGGUCUCCAUUCAUACCCGAUGUGUUUCUGUCUUGUUCCGCUGAUAUGACAAUAAAAUUAUGGCAUUCAGAACAUCAACAACCAUUGAUUACUAUUCAAACAAAUAUGACGACAGUGCCUUCAUUGUCUUGGUCACCGCAUAACUCCUUAACAUUUGCUGCAGCCAACGAAAGCCUUCUAGAAAUAUGGAACUUGGAUUAUUCAACUGUUGAUCCUUAUGUUACAGAAACAAUAUCGAAUGAUACAAAUAUGACAAGUGUACUAUUUUCUGAAACGAGUCAAAGCCCCUCUAAUCCUACACAACUGCAGACACACUUUCUUCCUGUGUCAUAUCGCAGUGAUACAAAUGCAUGCUUUAGUUUAGAAUCCAAAAGAGAUUAUCCACAAGCAGUAAAUUGUCCAACUGACGACAAAGCCUGUAUAAAAUGUGCUUCGUAG